GAAAAAUCUGAAAUAUUGAAAUUGGAAGACAGGGAAAGCGAAAGAACUCAACGAAGUGCUGUCCUGCGGACCAAGUGAACAGGGGCGGAGUCCAGAGGAGAGGCGCCGCCGCGCCACGGCGCCAGCCGCUAGCUGCAGACAGCCGCCGGAGCCCGGAGGUCGGCCGACUGUGAGACGGUGGCGGUGGAUACAGCUCCCAAAAAGCAGUCCAUUCUGAAAUCUCUCAUUGGCUAUUGCUCAAGAAUUUGAGAAAGCAAUAUGGACAGAACAGCGGCUGCUUUGGCUAUGCAGUGGAGUGUAGAUCUUGAGAAGGGCCUCCGUUCUAAACGAUCAGGUGAAGCCAUUCUUCAGAUUGGACAGAGACUUCAACAGUGGAAUAGUGAAUCUAUUCUUACAGUAUCUGAAUACAAACUAUUUGGAUUGAUACCUGGAGAAGACAAACUAUUUGCGGAUGCAGUUCUUCUAAGGCUUGCAGAAGCAUUCAAGUCUGGGGACAAACACACAAGGGUGUGCAUUGUAAAGAUUUUCAUGUUGAAGAGGAGGGGAUGGGGUUGCCAUGGCAUUAUAUCCAAGGGCAAGUUGGGCAGCCAUGUAGAGCUUCUAACAAGAGUGAAGUCCGUAUUCGACACUGGUGAUUCGGAGGAUAGAGCUAUGACUUUGGUUCUAUUUGGUUGCUUGGCAAGCAUUGCAAAAGAUAAUGCGGAUAUAAGAUGCAUCAUCCUUUCAAGCUUGGUUUCAAAAAAUAUUCAGGAGGUAAAGGCAUCUUUAUUUGCUGCGGGAUGCUUUUGUGAAUUAGCUAAUCAUGAUUUCGCUGCUGUACAUUUGGAGAUGCUUGUAAAUUUGAUGUCGCCUGAAACGCCAACGGCUAUAAGGUUAGCUGCAGCCCGAGCUUUUGCACAAAUGUGGUUCUCAAUAUCACUUGCAGAUAGAGCUUACAAGCAGUCAGUCCAUGCAAUUUUGGACGCGAUUUUCACUAUGGAUCAUCCGGAAACAGUCUCUCCCUGCUUUAGUACAGGGGUAAGACUGCGUACAUCCGACUCCUCCUUACCCCACCAUAGGUGGGAGCCUUUGCGGCACUGAGACAGGUGUGAAGCUGAUGUUAGACUACCUCCCAGAAGAUGAGUUUUCCAAACUUAUGCUGAUUUCGCUUUCAAAAAUUGCUUCCAAAUGGACCUCACUGAUUCCUGUACAGGUAGAGUUGCUCAUCUCAUUAAUUUCACAGGAGAUGAGAGCUUCAUGCCUGCAAGCUACUGCAAUAAAAUGCCUUGACUUUAUUUUAUGCCGUGUAGUUAUCUUCCCUCAGAGUACUACACACUCGGUUCUAAAGUUUUUCGAAGUUCUGAAUGAAUCCAAAUUAUCUCCAGAUUUGCGGUGUGUAGCAUUAAAUAUCUUUUACAAGGUUUUCUUGUAUAAUUUACACAAAAUUUCUCAUGUGGAGGCCAUGACCAUUUUCCCCAAAUUCCUAGUAAGUGUACAACUGAUUUCAGAAUCUUCAGUUAGUAUGAUCUCAGAGAGGUUAUUAGCCAUUCAUAUUUUAGGAGAUGUUUCUGUCAAACUUCUUGAAAGAAUGGAAGAGGAGGCAUCAUCAGAUCAGAUAAGCUCCACUGUGGCAUCUAAAAUAAUCUCAUUUUCCAUGGAUCGCCUCUCUCUCAUGGUUAUGACGAAUAAGUACAUUCUUCUUCAACCUAACGGUGUGGUGGAUCAGGAGAUCAAAUGCUUAUUCAGUCUCUUACUUGAUUUGUUUGAGAAGAAGCAAGAACUUGGUGCCGUUUUACUGGACAAAAUCUGCUUAUUUAUUACUGGCUUGGUGAAUGCGUGGAAUGAAGUUACAAGAAAGCCAAAUAUUGAAGAUAACUCCAUAGAUCCUUCACGUUCAGAAGAGAACAGUAACCCGACUGCACUUGAAAGCAUUAUGAUAUGCGCAUCAAAGGUUAUUCGUAACUGCUUCUUCCAGAAUCAAGAAAAAUUGAGUUCAACUUCUGAGGUUAUUGGCACUAUCAAGGUCCUUGUAAACCAUGUAUGUGGUUGCAGAUCACUACAUAUUCAUAUACAUGUAAUCUAUAACCUCUUACUACACUCAUGCUUGAAAUACAGUUUAUUGUGCAAAUUUAUGAAUUCUACUGAAAACUUCUGCCCCUCUCCUCAUGAGUAUGAGCAUUCUACUUCUGAAUAUUUGAGGGUUAUUUUGGGAAGAAAAGAACAUUGGCUGUGUUACAAACUUGGAAAGUUUGCAGUAUGUCGGGGAGCAUGGGUUACAGCAACUCUUAUAUUUGAACAACUUAGUACUACUGUCCAAUCCGAAGCCUGUCAUUCUUGGUUGGAAUCCCUGACUUGCCUCUCACGUACGGAAAGGGAAUUUCAAUCGUUGGUUAACUUUGAUCUCACUCAGAUCACGACUUGUGGAAAAAGUUCUUCCAUUGAAGCUAUUCUAGGUGCUUGCAAUGACCUUCGUUCUUCAGUGUGUAGACUUGGUGGUGGUGACAACUCUACUUCAGGCCCCGCUUUCUGUUUUCAGAGAUGGUUUCUCACUUUGAGAGUAAAGGUUGUUGAAGCGGUGGUAGAUUCUAUUAAACUGUUGAUAUCAACAUAUUCUUCUUCUGCUACAUCAUAUUCACUGGAGAACCCUUUUGGCCAAGUGUCUGAGAGGAUGAAGAGUUUAUCACAAGAAUUUGACCUUUUUGCUACAUCUUUCAUUGGCAUAGACAGAGAAAGUAGGACUAUUGUCUCGUCACUUUCUCAAAGUUGCUCACUUUUGGCCUUCGCAACUGCCUUCUUAAAUUGUCUCAUGACAAAUUAUUCAGAAGGUAUCAUCAGUGCUCAAGUGGUGGAUGAGCAAUUUUUUGCUAUGUUAUCACAUGAUUGGUUAUGGCACAUGGACAACGAAACCAGGAAAAUACUGCUUUCGAAGCUCACUUUAAAUACGUUUUUCCUGCCACAGUUGAGAAAUCAAAGUUCCAACUACUCUGGAGGUUGCGAAGUUGCAAAACUUUGUAGAUAUGCUGUAAGAGUUAUUCUUAAACUGCAAAAUGAGCUGGUUACUGAUAGUAGAUCACUUGAUGGUGAUGAUCUUGAGGAGAUCAACAAAUCCAGGUUUCUCAGUGAGGCCUCCAAGCGGCUGUUCAGCGUUCUAUCACUUUGGAUCCAGAUUACUUGCUGGACCCCAAAGCACUUCUUUCACCUAAGGCCAUAUGUCGGUUCCGAGUUAUUCUUGAUAGGAGAGGAUGGAGAAAAAUCAGACGGUUUAUCUGUGUCAUCAGGCUUCGUUCUCCAUCUGAAUUUGUGCCUUCAACUAAGCAACAACCCCUGCAAGAUCUCCAAGUUGUAUUGCGUUCUUCAUUCAAGACCAACAUCCUUCCAAAAAUGUUCCCAUGGUCGCAACAAUAAGGAGCAUACAAAAUAUCUAGGCUCCCAAAAUGAAAUUGAUAACAUGGUAUAUCUGAAUAUAAUGUUAAUGAAGUACACCCGAGGCAGCAUUGAUGAUGAUGAUACUAGAGGAGGAAGUUUCAGCUUUGUGUGUUUAGAGGUUAACAAGAAGAAAUGCCAAGGAUUCUCAACCUGCGUGCUGGAUACUUCUGCAUUUCCUGUUGGUUCUUAUGAAAUCAGAUGGCAUAGCUGUUGUAUUGACAAUGAAGGUUCAUAUUGGAGCUUCAUCCCUGUCCAUGGUACCAGCUUCGCAUUUACAGUAAAGUAGUACUGUAGUACCCACUAAUAUUUACCCCAAACAUUGGCCGUUUUAUUUAUUUAUUUAUUUAUAUAUUUUCAUAUAUACACCAUGAAAUUAUUAACUCUUGUGACUUUAACAUUCUAUCCACACAUCUUGUCAAACAGACCCACACAUGUGUUUGGCAGGACAUAGUGACCUACGAUGAGAAUUGAAAAUGGAGGUCCCUGUAAUCUAUUUUGUAAGAAA